AUGAAAGGUCGCGAUCCAUCCCUCGCUUUCUCUAUAUUUGGUUGCGCCAGAACAGGCGCUUCCAUAAGGGUUUUCUUCAAUGCUACAAAAGCUUCCUCAUGUUCAUGUGACCACACGAAUUUCCUUUUGAGACUGGUGAGAUCAAAAAGUGGUUUUGAAAUCAAAAUCUCAAAACAAACUUCCUGUAAUAUCCAGCCAUACCUAAGAAGGUUCUUAAUUGAGCAACAUUCUGAGGGCGAGCAUAUCUUUUAUACGAGCAACCUUCUCCGGAUCUGCCCUUACUCCGUCCGCAUCCACUACAUGCCCAAGAAACUCAAGACUGGGUUCCAUUAUACGGCACUUUUGUGGUUUUACCUUCAGUUGCGUUGGAGGGACUUGCCAGUAUCCACUAGCUAA